CGUUUAUCUCUCUACCCCUUUGUCUCUCUAAGUUUUAGGGUUUUGAGUGUGAGAGAGAUGGGGCAACAGUCUUUGAUCUACAGCUUCGUGGCUAGAGGAACAGUGGUUCUCGCCGAAUUCACCGAAUUCACUGGAAAUUUCACGAGCAUCGCUUCUCAGUGCCUCCAGAAACUCCCUUCCUCCAACAACAAGUUCACCUACAACUGCGAUGGCCACACCUUCAACUAUCUCGUCGAAGACGGCUUCACUUAUUGUGUCGUCGCUGUGGAAUCUGCUGGCAGACAGAUUCCAAUGGCAUUUCUUGAACGAGUUAAGGAGGAUUUCACCAAGAGAUAUGGUGGUGGAAAAGCUGCAACUGCUGCUGCUAAUAGCCUGAAUAGGGAGUUUGGACCCAAACUUAAGGAGCAGAUACAGUACUGUGUGGAUCAUCCAGAGGAGAUCAGCAAGCUUUCCAAAGUAAAGGCUCAGGUUUCAGAAGUCAAAGGAGUGAUGAUGGAAAAUAUUGAGAAGGUUUUGGAUCGUGGAGAA